GGAUGGCUGAGGCCGAACUCCAACAUGCUCGCGUUGCAAUGGUCAGGGGCGCCUAGGUACCAGGUAUUUACAAAUCUGUUUCCCCUUGGCGUGGCAGAAUGAUGUCUUUGGAGGGUACGAUGAUGAAGCAUGAGAAUCCAACCGACGAGACAUUUGUUUGGGAUGUUUGCGGUGUCAACUUUCUUUUCCUUCAAGCGAAGAGCUUCUUUCUUUUAAAAAAACAAGACAACACAUGUCAGUUUUUGUUUGUAUUUAAGAUGUUGCAAACAGAUUGAGUCGAGGUUGAAACGAAACUACAGCAAGGUGGCAUUGCUUUCAUUCUUUUCGCCCAAGGAAGCUGAAGAAAUCCUCCUGAUACCCAGGUCCACUUCUGUUGCAAUCAAAACAGGAAGCUACCGGAGCUUGCAGGGCGUGCAGGGAUUCAUGAGAGAGGUCCAUUGUUGGAAAGCUCCAACGCCCCACACUGGCCCCACCCAGAGCCGCAAACAAAUGGUCUCGGGAUUCACCAUCAGUUUCAGGAUUCACCAAGAACAAGGACGCUACUAGGAACGCAGGGCAUCGCUACUAGGAGCAAGGACGCCACUAGGGGCUCCUUGCCUUACUUACUAGUCACCAUCGGCUUCAGCCCUUUCAUCUUGCUCUGCACGUAUGGAAUCGAAUCGCAUUCCAGUGUUCACCCUCCAUGGGCCGUCCGGUGAGAGCUCUGCGGGUGAAGCGGGUCUUUCAGCCCAAGGAGGUCACCAAGAUCUUAUCAUCCUUGGGAAGACAGAAAGAUUGGCCAGAAGCCCUGUGGCUCUUUAAUAAGCUCUUGGACACGAGGUGCGCAGCGCAGAAAGGCGACCACUUGAAUGUCUAUCACUUGAAUGCAACCAUUGAUGCGUGCCAACGAGGUCUGCAGUGGCAGUUGGCAUUGAGGCUGUUUGAGACAGUACCCCAGGUAGCUCGAAUCGUCCCAGAUGUCGUGAGCUACAAUGUGACUCUCUCGUCGUGUGAGAAGGCUGGACAAUGGCCAUUGGUUUUAUGGCUUUUAGAUGCAAUGUCUAAGACAGUGAGGCCAGAUCCAAUCAGCUACAGUACCGCUAUCAGCUCCUGCGAGAUGUCUGGUAGGUGGCAAAUGGCACUUUUUUUGUUUCACAGGAUGUCAAUCUUGAAUCUCUCGCAGGAUAGCGUAAGCUACAGUGUAGCGAUCAGCUCUUGUGCAAAGGGUGCUCAGUGGAAGCUAGCUUUAAAGCUUUUCAGUGACUGCCCAGAUGCGGAUGUGGUUGCUUACAACUCAGCCUUGAGCGCUUCUCAAAGAGUCACUCACUGGCAAGCAGUUCUACGCUUCUUUCACGGACUGCAAUCGUCUCAUCUUUCUCCCAGCCCAGCCAGCUUCAGCAUUGCCAUCAGCUCCUUUGAAAAGGCUGCGCUAUGGCAUUUGGCUGUCGAUCUGCUCCAACAACACCUGUCUUCAACGAACGGCCACGCGCGGUCCGAGCCAACGAGUGCGAUCAUCUUCAACGCGGCCAUCAGUGCUUGUGCUGGAGCAGCUCGAUGGGAACUUGCGGUGGAUUUAUUGGGAACUUUGCCUUCAGCCAAGCUGGCAGCAGACAACCUGAGCUUCAACGGCGUCUUGGCCUCAUGUCGAAAAGCCUUACGUUGGCCAUGGGCCUUGCGUGUGGCGGAGUUGGCCGCUUCUCGUCGGGGCGGCCACUGCUUGGAUCUUCUCGGCUUGGAUGAGCUGUUCCGCUCCUAUGAGGGUCAGAACAUCCAGAGCCAGUGGUUAGCACCGGCGUUUGCGGCAUCUGCGGCAUUUGCCAUAGCUGUGAGAAUUGAAGAUUUGAAAGCACCUGAGAUCCUUGAUCAGAUCGAUCAGGACUGGGGCUUUGGAAUCGCCUUCCCUUUGUUUCGAAAGGCUGUCAGCGAAAGCACAGAUCCUUUUCGGCAAAGGUACACAAUUCUUGCACUUAAUGAAGCUGCAUUGUGGCGCUUUGAGAAAAGGAAGCUGUGUGGGCCCGGGCAGUGGUUUCUUUUUUCGGAACGUGGGGAACGUGAGGGGUUCGGUGUCUGUGUAGCCCGUAGUAUCCAGUCUGAACUCCAGACCCAGUAGUGCAGGAGAUUUCUAGAGAAAAGAGUGGAGUUUUUUAGGCACGACUCCAGAGAUGUUUUCCAGCUUUUAGGUUAGAGGCCAUCGCUUAGGUUGGAGGCCAUGUCGUCCCUCUUGUUGAGUGUUGGCGGGAACCGAUGGAUCGAUCCAAGCGAGCUAAAUCGAAGCAUUUGUCCACCCAAAGCUCCCACCAGGACUGUAG